AUGGAUCCCAUCAGCGCCAUCGGCGUUGCGUCAAGCAUCUUGACGUUCGUGGAGUUCUCAUCUAAGCUGAUCAAUGGCAUCUACGAGGUGGCUGGUUCGGCAGAUGGCACCACUGAAGACAAUGUCCACAUCGCCACUGUCAUCCAGGAUCUAGAAAACGUGACUGAUGCUAUAGAGGUCGAUUUCAAGGGAUCUUCCAAGCAUGAGAAAGAGUUGGUUAAGCUUGCAAAUAAGUGUGCCGCCCUGUCGCGCGAUUUGCAGAAAAUAUUGAAGUCCAUCAAGGUCAAGCAUGGCAAUGCGUCCUGGCAGACUAUCAAGGCGGCCUGGAAGUCGGUCACCCGGAAGGACAAGAUCCAGAGCCUGGAGAAGAGGAUUAGUAUGUAUCGGAGCGAGUUGAUACUUAGACUUCAGGUUCUACUUGUGGACCAAAACUCCCCAGUCAAGGCUCAUCUCGACAGGAUAAGCAAAGAGGGAGAAUCACUAAAAAACUUGACAUCAAAAAGGCUCAAGGAAACACAAGAAACUUUGGAAGAGGUCCUCACUCAGUUAAAGGCUGGUAGCGAUUCACAAUUAGAGCAGAACGAUGCGCUCGCACAGAUUCGCGACGAGCUGAAGAAUCUAAAGGACAUGUCAGAGUCGGCUGUUCAAGAGAACAGUGUAUUGGAACGACUUUACUUCGCCGAUCUAUACUCCCGCGAAGACGCAGUGGCCGACCCAAGCGAGCAUACUUUUCACUGGAUCCUUGGACAAGCCCUGGACAUUAAUUCGGCGGCUGAAACAACGAGCAUCGAUGGUGACACCGAGAAACAAAAUGAUGCUCACGUGAGAGGAGGUGACGGCCAUGAAGAAAACAAGGCAAUGGAGCAGAUAAGUGAUACUGUUGGAGCCAAUGACAUCUCCAGUGAUAAUCCUCAAACGGGGUUGGAAAAACACGACCAUGACGAUAUCAGCAUGCCUGCGAUCAACCACUUGGCAGUAGACGAGCCUCAUUCGGAAACCCCAAAUGACAGAGCACUUGGGACGUCGUUACCUGAGAGCGGGAAAAUCGAUGAUACUCAACAAUUCACGGACGGUUCAUCUCAGGUAGCCACCGCAACCUCUCGCCCACCGUCCCCGCAACCGGCUUCUGGCGCAGGGUUGGAUAAUUCAAUCUCCAUCCACGACUCGCCGGAAAGGGCCGAGGAAGAAAGUCGACGUGGACAAUUAUCUCAAGAUUUCUUGAAAUUCCUUCGUGAGGAUAACGGAACGUUCUUCAUCAGUGGGAAGGCCGGUUCAGGGAAGUCAACAUUGAUGAAAUUUCUUGGCUCCCCAGAAAAUGCUGUCGUUCGCGAUUCUCUGCAGCUGUGGGCUAGCGACCGCAAAUUAGUAUUCGUCUCACUAUUUUUCUGGAGUGCUGGCUCAAGACUUCAGAGAAGCUUAGAGGGCUUCUACCGAUCACUUCUCUCUCAAGUCCUUGGCCAAUGUCCGGAGCUCGCCCACUACUUACUAUCUACAGCUAUUCCUUCGUCACCUUUGGGAAACCACCCGUUCAGACUUUCUGAACUGAAGCAAGCAAUUUCGGAACUAAGCGCAAUGAGAUACCUACCCGGGUAUCGUAUAUGCUUUCUCAUCGACGGCGUCGAUGAAUAUGAAGGCGACGUAAUGGACCACUUGUACCUAGCCCGAUACCUGCGUGCCUGGUCUCAGCACCCCAACGUAAAGAUUUUGUGCAGCGGAAGACCUCAUGCAGAGUUUCUGGAUACCUUUAGUCAGUCUGGCAAAACUAUUCAAAUCCAAAAUUUCACGAGACACGAUAUCUACGAGUUUGCAUUCAAAACUCUCCAGGAAGAAAAUCAGUUACGACCAGGUCCGCUGAAGCUAUCGAACACCGACCUAUCGGACCUUUCCCACGUGGUUGUUGACCUUGCAGAAGGUGUCUUCCUCUGGGCUUGCUUGGUUGUGCGUUUACUAGCUACGAAAAUGGGUAUCUACGAAAAGGAAAAAUUGUUGAACCUUGUUGCGCAGACUCCUCGGCAAUUGCACAAACUCUACGAAGAGAUGUUAAUGAAGGCGGACCAGUCAGGAAGACGCAAAGGGGAUAAAAUGCUGAUGCUAACGCUUCAUAAUCCCCUCGACAAACCUCUGAAUGCAAUGACGUACUCCUGGUUGGAUGAACUUGACGAUCCGACGUUUCCUUUCUCUAUGGAGCCUUAUGGAAUAAGUCAAACUGAGAUACAGACUCGCCUGGAUACUGUUCGACGUGAGCUCAGCGAUCUGACUGCCGGGCUCUUAGAGAUGAGGGAAUAUCCCCAAAGGUUUCAGCGCGAUCUUGAGAAACCCAAGUUCCUCUUCUACAAGUACAGCGUGGAACCUUUUCAUCGCACAGUGAAGGACUUCUUGGUCCAAGACUGGUUUGGAGGAGAGACGCACACGGCUGCUAUGCAACCUAUCACUCGAGAAGUCUACUUCAAGCUCACAUUAGCUGAGUUAAAAGCGACAGUCUCGAUGGAGUACUGGAAUACUAGUCCUGAAGACCUUGAGCCUAGUCCGUGCUUUACGCACUUCUACAACAGGUAUAUUGACGAGUUUUCUUCCUUAGCAGGCUCCUCCCGAGGACCCCGUGGAACCGAGAAAACAACACAGGUCAACGAUAAUCUUAUCGAGCAAUUCGAGCAGGUAAUACAGGCUUACCAGAGCUUGCUUGAUAGAAAUGGACAGGGGCAUUUUCCUGCCCUUCCGACCGCAGGACACGUGUCUCUCGGUGAUGAUCAUCACCGCCUGUUCAGCUCGACGAUCGGGCCGUCGUUGGUGCAUCUAGCUUGCCAUGAAGAACACCCAGGGUAUGCGUUGCGCCAGGUCGACAUCUGCCGACAUAUCAGCGAAGUUGAUUCCGCCGAUAGGAGUUUGCUCCUAACUGCCUUUUACGAGUCCCACGUUGACGUAGCUUGUAAAGCCAUCGACAAGGGUGCCAGCCUCAAUGCUCAAGUCAACGUCAGGCUAUACCACCCAGGUGAAGAUGCCGAGAGCGGCGAGAAAUAUCGCAAGACAAUUCAGAGCGUGUCACUCUGGUUGGUUAUGUUGAGGGUUCUCAUGCUCCGAAUCUGCUAUCUCAACGCCCCAUUCAAUUACGGCGGAUGGGGCCGACCCGUGGACAGAAUGGCCGCUAUCUUGGCUUAUGCUCUGCGCCAUGGCGAUAAGGUUGACACCGACAUUGUCGUACUUCUCGCGAUCGACGCUGAUACCAGACCUACUACGCCUGGUAGUGAAAACUCGAAUGGAGCCAUAGCAGCUGAUGAAGCAAUACCACCACCGAGCCGGUCGAACACUGGGACCAGCGCAAGAGAAGGUAUUCAAACUGCGAACGAGUCGAAGAAUAUACAUUAUAUAGACCUCGAACAAGUAAUAGAUCUCUGGGUAGUAGGCAACGACGAGAACGACGAGGAGGACGGUACAGCGGACAUCAACUUCCUAAGAGACCACCUGGUGGCGUCGAUGCAAGGCUAUUGGCGUUCGAAUUUGGUGAAAUUAUGGAGAGGGGUUCCAGAGUGGAUGAUCACGCGGAAAAAUACGUCGAGUAGUCUCGCCGGUGAGGCGAGAAGAAACUACCCGCGCGCUGAUGUGAAUCAGUACAGGAAUGAUUGGAUCCUACAUGGUGUAGUAUCAAGUACCGAGAGCUUCGUUGGUGACUUUUGGGUGGCUCUCGCUUGA